AUGGCGAUUGCAGGCGACAAUCUUUGUCUGCCUCUGGAGAUCAUCCAAAACAUUCUCAAAAGGCUUCUUCCAGUUAAAUCCGUGGAAAGGAUUGCAGGCGACAAUCCUUUUCUGCCGCUGGACAUCAUCCGAAACAUUCUCAAAAGACUUCCUGUUAAAUCCCUCGUUCGAUUUCGUGCUGUGUGUAAAGAUUGGAAAAAUCUCUUGGAAUCCCCAUAUUUCAUCGCAGUGCACUACCACCACUCUGCUCACAGCAACCCUCUUGUUAUCUGCACUGAUUUCAGUCCCAACCCUAGAUAUUCGCGCUUGUGUUUGGUUCCUUAUAAGACGGAAACUGUGGAAGUUGAGAGAAUACCCGCCAUGGAUUCCUUAAGGAAUCUUGACCGCAUCAUUGCGACUAGAGAGGUAAGGCAAGUACCCAGGUCAGCGAAAGAUAAGGCUCUGGGAUGGGGAUUUGGGCUUUGUCCUGUGGUUAGGGAUUAUAAGAUAGUGAGAAUUUAUGCGACUAACCGUCCUUCAAUCAAAUUUGACGAGGACAGCCGUACUCACGGGGAAGUGUUUUCGCUAAGAACGGGGUCCUGGAAAGAAGUGGAAUCUGGGGCUCUACGGCGGCUUCGAGCAUUUCCUUGUCACCCUCUCACUUUUAAUGGGGCUAUAUUUUGGUUGGGAUGGGGUGAAGCUUCCGUCAAGAUAGUUUCAUUUGAUCUAACAAUGGACGUUUUUACAUUGAUACCAACACCUUUUUUAAUCCCUCUUCGUACUAAUCCUUCCUCUCAAAUUGUGUUGGAUGUGUAUGAGAACAAAGUUGCUGUGCUUUUUCAAUACGGAGAUAGGCUUAAACCUAGUUUUAUGGAUUUAUGGGUGUUGGAAGAGGGAAGUGGUGCAUGUGGAAAGAGUUGGGGGUGGACUAAGAAAUAUAGUAUUGGACCAACUUCAUGGGGCUUAAGUCCGUUAUACUUUUGGAGGAAUGAAAUAGUCUUUCGAUACAUACAUGAGGUUCAUUUGCUCAUUCUCACUGCUAAUCAUGAAUUGAAGCGCUUCAACAUCUAUCCCUCUAUCAAUAAUGUGCGUCAAAAACUCGAAUAUGUGGAGAGCCUCAUGUCUAUGGAUGGGGAUUAUUUCUGCUCAACUCUCGCAAGAAUAGAAGAACUAUCUGCCAGGGAGUAG